GGGAGUUCCAGACCUCUCAAUGAGCUCUGUAGUUCUCUCGAGCUCCCAAACACACUCACAGCAGCAUGCCAAAGAUGUUUACCAAUGCUAGACUUUGUACCCGAAGAGUUCUUCAGUUUAACUUCAACAAAGACACACAAAGACAAAGAGAACGAAGACAGGACUGAACACGUGCUGAAGACAUGGAGCACAGAAGAUGGGCAGGAGAAAUCAAGUAUCAUAGAGAGUGAGCCAGUGAGACCUUCACGUAGGGGUGGGCGGUAUGACCAAAAUCUCGUAUCACGGUAAUGAUAUUUAACCUUCCACCAGUUUUGAAGUUUGAUCAUUUAGAGACUACAAACAGACAAACAACAAGCCAGGAAGCUAGCUAGAUAAUCAGACAAACUCUCGGAGAUGGGUAGUUUUAAAAAUUCGGUUAAUUUAUGUCUAUGGGAUUUUCCUCAUUUUUGAUCGUUCUUUGAAUGAAAACCAUCUUUCUGAAAAGUCAGUGUAGCCAUAGCAACCAGAGUCAGAACAGUGACAAGUUUGGUGGAUGUAGCUUGAAAGCUCUUGGAGGAGAUUCAAUUGAUAAAUUCAGAUAAGUUUGGUCCUGGUUUAGGGACUUUCUGCUCUCUAUAUCGGCCAAAAACCCAUUUCUGUCAACCAAUCGUAUAUCCCAUUAUACCGCCCAGCUCUACCCUAGAAUGGAGGAACUAAUAUGUGAGAAUUGCUUGCAGUGAGGAUCACAAACAGAGAAGCGAAAGAAACAAAGACACGCCAGUGCACCUAUCGGAAGAGGAUGAACAAGUGUUUGGUGUUGCGAUUGUGUGUACUGUUGUCCCUUCUUUGUGUUUACGCUUACGUAUACAAGGAGUUUAAUGGCUUUUGGCUGAAGGCUUGGAGGAAGAGGCCCAUCAGACCCCAAAAACAGGAGUUACGUCACAUGGCCGUUCCCACGGCAACAGAUGUUUUGGUUGAUGUUGGGUCCACGUGUUGCCCGCGGGUGAAACAUCAAAGAAGGAUUCCUCGAUGGAAGAUCGACCUGGAACCCUGGGCCACUGAGACACACAGCCUGGAGGAAGAAGCAAACCGAUUUCUCAAGUACAUCACAACACCAAAGGUGUUAUGUAAAAGCCCUUUGUCUGGGCCGCCAGUGUUUGACAGAGAGCAUCAUGGGUCGUGGGUUCUGUGUUUGGACGGCAGGUUCAGUCUGAUACAACGCAUCAUUUCUAAACACUGCAGGGUGUAUUCUCUCAGGUUGGGAUUGGAGGAUGAUCGUCUGGAGCGAGUUUUAGCAGGUUCGGGGUGUGAAGUUCAUUGUUUUGAUCCCAGUAUCAGAGCAGCUCAUCUUCAGGACUCACACAUGUGGCUCCACCGGCUCUCUGUAGACUGGAGGGACCCGAACCCAGCGGUACCGGCCCAGAGACUGCACAGCAACACCAAGAAACUCGCCACCAUCCUCAAUGACUUUGGCCACAGACAGGUGGACGUGUUGAAGGUGGACAUGGAAAGUGCCGAGUGGAAGAUUCUAGAGAAUCUGAUUCUCGAGGAAGUGUUGGACUCGAUCGGCCUGCUGCUUCUUGAGGUGCACCUACAUUGGGCGGGGUUUGAAGUGGGUGGAGACGAGCCCUCGGUGGUCCGCUAUUGGUUCAGCUUGCUCAGGGAGUUGGAGCGCGCUCACUUCCGUCUCUAUCACAGCUACAGCGACCCGACAAAAACACGUCUGUUUCUACACAAAAACCACCAGAACGCAAGCGGCUCCUACAUACUGGGAUGGGUGAAUACACAGUUUUCACCACAAUGGUAAC